GGACGCUCGCGCAUCAGUGCGUCAUGGUGGAAAUGUUACAUUUUCGCGGGAGGAAUGCGCGUGAUGUUCGCAUCGCUGUAACGUUGCACGACAUCUAUUGUAGGAAGUGUCGUUUUUUCCUCUCUUUUUUUCUCCUGCAGCCGGGCUAUUCAAACCUGCCGAUCUAAGUAAACAAUCAUUCGCUCCCUUAAUGCAAAUAAUGCGGCAUUUUUCACGUCGCGCAAUUGGUGCGCAUCAAAGCGCUUAUUUUUGUCGCUACAAUUCUGGGUUCUGCAGAAUAUGGCGCCCUGUCCUUAUAAAAAUAAGACAGGCUGCCAUUUUUGUUUUCCUUUUGUCUGAAAUUUUUAAUAAAACUGUCUGAGAAUGUGGGAGAGGCAGACGCAGGGGAACUGGACAUCUACACGCCACGACAGGCGUCUAAGCGCGUUAUUUUUAAAGACUUUUCAUUUGAUUUGCCAUCAAAGACGACGUGCUUUUGUUUGGGAAUCAUUUCAAUGAUGCCAAUAGAUUAGAAGAAAAGUUAAAAUGGCAGAACCUCGAUUUAAUAAUCCGUAUUUCUGGCCACCCCCGCCGUCUAUUCCUGGUCAGUUGGAUAACCUCGUCCUGAUCAACAAGAUCAAGGAACAGCUUAUGGCGGAGAAAAUCAGACCCCCACACCUGCCACCCACUUCUAUCCCUUCCCAGCAGCCUUUGCUGGUGCAGCCCACGGCCACAGAAAGCGGGCAACACAAUAUGUCCACGCCCAAACUUCAGCAGAUGUCCGGACUCCACGUUCACAGCAGCUCGCAGCCAGACAUCGCUCUGCACGCCAGACCCGCCUCCAGCACGGUAGCAGGUCGUAUCCUCGGCGACGUAAACUUGAAUUUGGAUGACAAGACUGCUAUUAAAGCAAGGGGGUUGUGGGAAGACUGGCAUUUGCGCCAAAUCAUCGACCAGCCAUCCAGAGCCAAUCAUCUGUCAGGGCUGUCACUGACUUCUCGAACUGCCAAUCACAACACAUCCGAAUCCACGACGCCGACCACACCGACCACCCCGACCAGCAGCAGUCAAACCCGGCAGGCGGCUCCUUCCCCGAACCUCAUCUCAUGUCUGUCCGGCGGGAUGGGGAUGGACAUCCUCAAAAACAGCAGCGGGCUGGCGGGACUUCUGGGUCCUCCCCCGAAAAGCAUAGGAAGGGGUCGCAAAAAGAUCAAAGCCGAGAGUCCAUCCGGUCCCUUGUUAGUCGUUCCGUAUCCGAUCCUGGCCUCUGGAGCCGACCAAUCACCUGUCAGCAUCACUGCCAAAGAGGGGAAAACCUACAGAUGUAAAGUUUGCCCGCUGACGUUCUUCUCAAAGUCAGACAUGCAGAUCCACUCCAAGUCCCACACGGAAGCAAAGCCACACAAGUGUCCUCACUGCACCAAGUCCUUCGCCAACGCAUCUUACCUGUCGCAGCACCUGCGCAUUCACCUGGGAGUGAAGCCGUAUCACUGCUCCUACUGCGAGAAAUCCUUCCGCCAGCUCUCUCACUUACAACAACACACCAGAAUCCACACUGGUGAUCGACCCUAUAAAUGUCUUCAUCCAGGCUGUGAAAAAGCUUUCACGCAACUCUCUAAUCUGCAAUCUCACCAGAGGUCGCACAAUAAAGACAAGCCUUACAAGUGCUCCAACUGUUACCGUGCGUACUCGGACUCCGCCUCCCUCCAAAUCCACCUGUCCGCUCAUGCCAUCAAGAACGCCAAGGCGUACUGCUGUAGUAUGUGUGGGAGAGCGUAUACUUCAGAGACGUACCUUAUGAAACACAUGGCCAAGCACACCACGGUAGAACACAUGGUGAGUCAACACUCUCCUCAACAGACCGAAUCGACCAACGUUCCCAUCCGCAUCUCUCUCAUUUGAUCACGCCGAUCCCGCGUCCGUCUGCGGUCAGUCGUCCCCCAACUUUGGCAUAAGCAAAACCGCCUGUUCUUGGCGGUUUGACCUUUUGUGUGUGUGCGUGUUUAUUUUUCUUUUAAGAACAUUCCUAAUGGUAUGGGACUGUGUGGAUGAAGCAGUGUUAUUUUGGGAAGGGUUUUAUUCCUCUCGUUGAGUUGAGGGGGAAUCAUUGGGUAUCCAAAGAUGGUUUAGCAGCACUUUCAGGCCACACAGUUUUGGCUUUAAACAUUUCCGGUCGGUUAUGACAAUAAAGGCAUUGCUCUUGGCAGCUAAACGUUGGGACUGUAGGUAUUAUGCGUUUUAAAAUCAAAAGCUUGGACCAAGUCCAGUACCUCCUGUCAUAUUUUUCUAUGCUGUCUGGGAAUAUUCCCCUUCUUUCGGGCAACUCAAAGUUGGAUUGGAGACCAGUGGUCUCGUGUUUUGAUAAUGUCAAUCAUAACAUGUUUUCAUUCGUAUUAAAUUCCCCGGCUUCCUGGGGAAAUUGUAAUGAAAAUAGCUUUAGCAUUAAUGUUCAGUUUUUAUCAAGAGGACUGUAAUGAAACUGCAGUGGACUUGAUAGACAACUCAGCACAUUUGGAUGUUUUGCAAUAACAAUUCCUUAUUGCUUCUGAGAUCUUUUUUUCAUGUGCAAAAUGGCAUACGAUUCUGACGUUCCUAGCACUGAACAGAAUGGGCAGAUACAUAAUAUAGAUCUGAAACUUUUCAGUCUUCGAGCUUAACCUGCAACGCCUCGAAGCAUCUGCUUUGUGUUACGAGUGUCUGCAUUUGAUAUGGAAGAUGUGUGAAUCCCACAAACAAAACUAAACCAGUCCAGUUGUUAUUUUACCCCAAAAGAAAUGCAUUGUGACAUAUUAAAGCACCUCCUCCCACAUUGUAUUUACUGUAAUGAAAAAAAAUACUGGUGAUACUUUAUUGUAAAGUAAAUUGUAAAGUACAUUUGUAAAGAGUACUUCCAACUGCACAAAACUUUGAACAUAAUAAAUAUUUAUGUUAAAAAAAGAAAUAAUCGUCGCCAGACUGGGGAGGCAUGAAAAUAAUGUCACAAUACAAGAAGUCUGAAUUAAACGGGCUUAAUUUUAUAUGCAAAAGAAUUCUGGCUCUUUUUGUGGCGAAAUAUUUUCAAGUCUUUGUGAGAUUCACACAGAUAAAGUAGCACAAACACCCGUCUGAAUAUCACACACAUGAGAAAUAAAGCUGGAUUACAGAGAUGCCCUUGAGGUUUGUGUAGCUGUAUCUAUGUCUAGAAUACCUCUGCGGCUUAUUAUACACAUUUAUACUUAUUAUCAUGUUUAAAUAUAACGACUAACAUGUUAAUUUUACACAUUUUAAGCCUUAACCGUUUUAUCACUAGUUGUUUACCAUCACAUUUUAUAUAUUUUAUACCAUAUUGGUGUUUACUUGUGUACUCUUGUACUUUUAUGUAAUUUUAUUUCCUAGCAUGGACAUGCUGUAAAUAAACGAUACAGUACUUAAGUGUUAACCAGUUUAUAUAAAAAUGACUACAUGUCUAGUUAUAUAAAAAUAUACCUUUUUAUUUGUCUUAAAUUGUGGUACUAUAAGGUUUGACUUGGCUGCUACAUGCAAAGUCAAGAGUUUGAGAGGGGUGGACUUUGUAAAAGUACUCGAAUAAAUACAUGAGAAAAUCCUCGAA